AUGGUAACUUUGGACAGAAUAUUCCUGAGGGCAUUUCUCGGUGUCAACUCUAUUUGUCGGCACCGACUUAUCGGAUGCCUCGUUUGUGUAUAUAAUGAGACUCCAACAAAAUCCAUUCCAAAAGAUAAGGGGAUUAGGCGGGAGACCGAGUCAAUUGCAUCAAUUGAGAUUCAUGCUAAAGAGACUGCACAAGUCAGUAGGGGAAUUACAGAUAUUCCAGAUGGUGGUGCUCGCCUUAUACCUAUGAGUGCAUACAUCUUUGGUUUUGAAUACCUGGAAGCAAUUGGUAGAGAGGAUAUGGAUCAAGUUUUUAGACAUUUGGAAUUAGGACUCGGUGUUAUCGGUAUAUACAUCAGGUUUAUGUAUGACAAUAUUGUGCGCCCGCGUGGAUUAGAAGCAAGAUUUGGCUUCUUAGCUCCCAACACUGUCAAUUCAGGGUUAAUUGUAACGAGACUAGAUUAUGUCAUAGCAUAUGUACUCGGUUUAUUCAUGGCCAUCAAAGAUACUGAGAAGUUGUUCUUGUUGCCAUAUAAUACUGGCAACGGUGGACACUGGUUAUUGGUUGGGAUUAAUCUAUGA